UAUGUGUUAUUGACAUUUUGCGUUGAAAGAAAAUGGCUGAUUGACAUUUACAUUACAAUCUUAUUGUUUACUUCGUAGAAUAUAUACUGUUGUGUAAACUGUGAUUGAGUGAAAUAUGGAUCUUGCAAAGUCUCUAUUUACUUCCCGUGAUCACGAAGGAUAUGUGGGGCGUGAAGAUCAUGAACGUAAAAUAAGUACAGCGCUUGCUGAUGAUGAUCCAGAGGACGUAAUUGAUUCAAUUCGUGGCCUGAAUAUUGCUGAUGAACUUCUACCAUCACCUGGAGGACCAUUUUCAGCCCUUACGGCAAGUAUGGUUCCGCAAGAUAUUAUGGCGAAAUUAGCACAACCUGAAUCUGAAGGUCAUAGUGGCGGUCUGCCGGACUACAGAUUUGACGAAUUUGGAUUCUGUGUAGAGGAGGAAGACGGCCCUGAACAAAACUCGAACAAACUUUUGGCAAAUGCAUUCGUCGAAGAUGAUCAACACCGUCUGCAAUGGGAAUUUUACAGCAAAGAAAUAAAUUUUUCAGAAGGGGAUGGUAAACUAGAAAAAACAGAUAAACUACAAAAAAUGGUGAAGAAUGGUGUGCCUCAUUCACUUCGACCGCAAGUAUGGAUGCAUCUAUGUGAAGCUAAUAAAAAAAGAUUAACCACAGAAAUAACAUAUCAUGAAAUUGUUAGAGCAUCAAGUGAUGAUGGAUUGGUCACUAGUAAACAGAUCGAAAAAGAUUUAGUCCAAAUAUUACCCAACAAUGUUUGUUUUUCACAUCCAACUAGUACUGGGGUACCAAGACUACGUAGGAUAUUGAGAGCUUUAGCUUGGCUUUAUCCUGACAUAGGGUAUUGUCAAGGCACUGGAAUGAUAGCAGCAUCGCUUUUACUGUUGAUGGAAGAAGAGGAUGCAUUUUGGAUAAUGUGUACAACAGUUGAAGAUCUCCUACCAGCAUCAUAUUACUCUUCAACACUCAUUGGUAUUCAAGCUGAUCAGAAAGUACUACGGAGUUUAAUUUCUACAUAUCUGCCUGGUAUAGAUCAAGUUCUAAAUGCCCAUGAUAUAGAGCUCUCUCUCAUCACAAUGCAUUGGUUUUUAACACUGUAUGCAAAUGUUGUUCAUAUGAAAAUAUUAUUAAGAAUAUGGGAUCUAUUUUUCCUAGACGGUUCUAUUGUUUUGUUUAAAGUUACAUUAGCUAUGUUGAAAAUAAAAGAAAACAGAUUUACUGAAAUAUCAAAUUCAGCUCAAAUCUUUAACGCUCUGUCUGAUAUUCCGGGAGAAAUAGAUGAUGUUGAUUUGUUAAUUAAAACCAUAGAUGAAGUCUGUGGUGACACCUUAAGUCUGACAUUAAUUGAUACUCACCGGCGGAGACAUUUAGCUUAUCUAAUGGCAGACCAAGGAGCUCUCGUGGGGAAUCCAAAUGCAGUCCCCAAUCUCCCAAAGCAACAACUACAAAGACGUCAGAUUAAAAGAAGCAAAUCAGUUAUUCAAACAAUUCUAUUUGGAGAAGACAGUAAUAAUGAAGAUGCAAUAUCUAAAAAUGUUAAACAAACAGAAAUACUUGUUGAUCUUAGAGAAGCAAUUUUACAGGUGGCUCGCCAUUUCUUGGCACUUGAACCACAACUAGCAUCUGAAAUCCAACUUACAGCUGAUUAUACUAUGCAGAGUCAUGCUGCAGAUCGUGAAAGAUAUGUAAAUGUAUCUAGAAGCAAAAGACGUCGAGCCAAGGCGCUAUUAGAUUUUGAAAGAAGAGAUGGUGAUGAACUUGGAUUUAGAAAAAACGACGUUAUAGAAGUAAUAAGUUCAAGGGAUGAGCACUGCUGGAUUGGUGAAUUAAAUGGACUUCGAGGAUGGUUCCCAGCUAGAUUUGUAAAGUUGCUUGAUGAAAAAGGAGUUAAAUAUAGCAGGGCUGGGGAUGAUUCUGUCACUGAAAAGGCAGCUCAUUUGGUAAGGGGUGUCCUUGCUCCCGCCUUUAAAAGAGUAUUAUUGCACGGAAUCAAGAGACCAAGUUUUUUAGAUGGCCCGUGUCAUCCAUGGCUUUUUAUUGAAGAAGCUUCUUCUCGAGAAGUUGAAAAAGACUUUAAUUCCGUUUAUAGUCGAUUAGUUCUCUGCAAAACAUAUAGGUUAGAUGAAGAUGGUAAAGUCCUUACUCCUGAAGAGUUACUUUACAGAUGUGUGCAAGCAAUCAACUUAUCACAUGAUAAUGCUCAUGCUCAAAUGGAUGUUAAGUUGCGCACGUUAAUAUGCAUGGGAUUAAAUGAAGAAGCAUUACAUCUAUGGCUUGAAGUUUUAUGUUCAUGUGUAGAUGUCGUUCAAAAGUGGUAUCACCCUUGGUCUUUCAUAAAUUCUCCAGGAUGGGUCCAAAUAAAAUGUGAACUAAGGAUUCUUUCACAGUUUGGUUUUAAUUUGAACCCAGAUUGGGAACUGCCCUUGAAAAAGGAUACACAAAACCAACCUUUGAAAGAAGGUGUCAGAGAUAUGCUUGUCAAACACCACUUAUUUUCUUGGGAUUUGUAAUAUAUUCACAAUUUGGAUCUCCUUUUAAAUUUAAUAUAUAUGUAUGUAUAGUCAUCCUUCCUUCCAUUAUUUAUUAAUAAUUAAUUAAAGAUUAAUAUUUAGUUUUAAAGCCUCGAUUGUUUGUUUAAUACCCAUUGAAUAUAUGUACGUAAUAAAAUGUAGUUUUUUAUAAACAUUCUGUAUUUAUAAGACUUCAAUCUAUGUUAUUAUAGUAAUAUAUGAGAUGUUAAUUAUAUGAUAAAAUACAUAUUUUACGGUGUA